AUGCGAUCAGAGAAAAGGUCUCAUAGCGUGGGAUUAUCUCUGAACAGAGUCAGUACCGAUCUAGUGGACUACUCAGGCAAGGCUGGCAUCCCUCGCUUCGAUUUGACCACCGAGCUUUGUGCAGUUUUUCAAGCCGUUGGAUAUUUCAACACAUGUAUCUAUCGGGAUCUGUCGACUAUCAACGAUUUCGGCCCGCAGCCAUCGUUAUACUUGCUUCCACUGAGCCACUUGCAUACUGUGGCUCAAUGUCCACAUUACCUAACCUCGAUCUUUGUGUGCACGACACUGACUCACCGAAUCAAUCGGAUCAGAAACUUAUCGCCAUGCCACGCUCUGCUCCAAGAAUUCUAUCGAUAUCGUAGUAUCGCACUACGAGCACUUAACGAGGACAUUAGCGCGAACCGCCAGCGGAGUGGAGAUCUGAUCAUUGCGGGCAUCAUCAAUCUCCUGCUCUCUGAUGCUCAAAUCGGUACCUUUUCCGACUGGCGGAUGCACCAAGAGGGAGUGCAACGGAUCAUCGCCCUACGCGGCGGCAUUCGUGCACUGGCUGGACAGAAACAACUCGGUCCUCUAUUGAACUGCUUCCUAUCGAUUUCAGUGCUUGGUAACACCACGUGCCCGGCAUCAGACCUCACGAACACUGAGCAACACUUAGAGGAACUGGAAUUUAUUCUGAAAGAACAUGGUAGUGGGUUGUCACCGUUCCAGAUCUGUCCGCCUCAUUUAUUUGCCGAGAUGGUCAAGAUCAACAAUCUUCGAACGCAAGUAUUCCAGUCAGAGGUCUCCACGGAACUUUCGGAGGAGGCAUCUAGCAUCUUGGAACAAAUCGGUUCGUUUUCUCCGGAGCGCUGGGCUGAACAAAAACCACGCGGGCAUGAAGACUGGGAGCUCAUCGGGAGGAUAUACCAAAACGCGGUUUCGAUAUACUGCAUUUCUUCCUGCCAAAGCCUAUCGAUCCUGCCGUUGAGCGAGAGAUUAAAAGACAAACUCACGUGCCAUGGCCAACUUUUGCACACUCUUCUGAGUCAGGCGGUGUCGGUCGCAAAGACACAGCGGCUUGUUACCUGGCCACUGGUAGUGCUCGGCGUGCAAGCGGUGUAUGGUGGCGUAGCACAACGGGAUUUUGUUGCAAAACAGCUACAGGAGAUGAGUCGAUAUGUGGGAACCACCGUCCCACUGGUGGCUAAGGGCUUUCUGGAGAAAUUCUGGGCUUCGGACGAAACUCGAUGGGAUGCUUGUUUCGACCGUCCUUAUGCGUUCGCCACACAGAUCGCCGUCGAUAAUUUACCUUCGGGCCUGUCAUCAAGUGACGCUGCGUCGGCUGUGACAGAAGCCAGGGCGAGAGAAUUUCUCGCCAGUAUGCGCACAAAAGACGUGGAAAGUAGUGCAAGCAUGACCUUGGGUAGCAGUGAUGAAGUGGCAUUGAUCCAAAAGGUGGAACUCGAGGAGAGAGAAUUGCAGUCAGCGCCAAGCUCUUGUGUCAUUCACGUGACUGUACAGAUGACAAAUAUCUCGCCUUUGCUCCUGCCCUGGCGUGGCCUGACUGCCUAG